UACACUUGUUCUACGAAAAUGCGUAGGGAAAUGAGAGCAAAGGGCCCAGGAAAUAUGUCUUUUCAGUGAAGGUUUGUUGAGAAUCAAGAUGGUGCUUGAAACUAUUGCGAGGAUCAUAAAAAUUCAACUCCCAGCAUAUCUCAAGCGGCUACCUUUACCUGAGUCAAUCACUGGUUUUGCAAAACUCACAGUUUCAGAAUGGUUGCGGUUGCUGCCCUUGCUUGGUGUUCUCGCACUGCUUGGAUAUCUCAUGAUCCGUCCCUUCCUGCCAAAGAAAAGGUUACAGAAAGACAGCCUAAUUAACCUGAAGAUUCAAAAAGAAAACCCUAAAGUGGUAAAUGAAAUUGACAUCGAGGAUCUAAAAAGCACAAAUGCUUGCUACUGCAGGUGUUGGCGUUCGAAAACGUUUCCUGUGUGUGAUAAGUCACACAUAAAACACAACGAGCUGACCGGAGAUAAUGUGGGUCCGCUGAUUCUCAAGAAGAAAGUUUUAUAAGACUAGAUGGUGCCCAUGAUCCAUCGAAGUUUGUUUACUGAUGUAGGUCAAAGUGAUUUGAAGUUUUGUUUGUUUGUGUGUGUAUGUAUUGUUUGUUUUGGUAGAUGGAUUAUAAUUCUGCACACCAUUUUAAGUUUCUUCAUUCAUGUGCCUCUAAAGACUGUAGUAAACCAUGUUGAUACAAAAACAGGUUCUUAGCCAGUGUGGGGAUUAUGUUAAGAUUUACGCUGGAAAACCAUACUUUAAUGCACCUGAGAAUCCCUGUUUGUGCACAUUUUGUCAUUACAUUUUUCAUUAUUACAGCUUAUAUAUGUGAAGCUGUUACUUAAAUUAGACAACACAUUUUAUUAUACUAUUGCUAUACUGUAUAGUAGGCCUUUUAUAUUUGCAUCUUCCCCGUCAGUAAUAUGUUUAUGGGGCAUGGGCAUAAAGUAAUGCCCUAAAGAUAUUGUAGUCCAGGUGGAGUUUUGGUUUGGUUUUCCUCAAAAUGUUCUUAAGUUGUUCUUAAGUACUGUAUUUGUAUGAUUUUCAGACUGGACGCCUUUCUAAACCCUGCACCAUAAUUAAUUUAUAACCAUAUUUUUAGUUGCUUUAGUAUGGUAGUUACAACACAAAGUAUUAGGCCCAGAAGGAAAACCUGUAAUAACUGUGAAUAUGAAAAAAGUCCAUUGUUUCAGAAACCACAAAAAUGUCUUUGUGUAAAUUGCAAGUAAAUACCAAGAACUUAACUGUAGCUGAGUGUUUUACACAAGUUCAAUAAUUAUUUUUUAUAAUUCAUCUGCAAAAAAAUAAAAAAUAAAAAAAGUUGUAAUUAUUA